CGGGCCCCGGGGUAGGGAGCCGACAGAGGGAGCCUCGAACCAGGCUACAAGCGGAGGGCACCGGGCAGCAGCCAGGGACCCCGAUGCCGGCGGCCAACAUGAUGGAGAACCUGCAGCUGCCCGCCCUGCAGGUGCCGGAGCCUCAGGGCGCGCCCGAGGGCAGCGCGGUGUGGUCCAGCUCGUCCACCCCCACGCUCCGCCGCCGGCGCUUUAAGAUGCGCCGGAUGAAGAACGUACCGGAGCAGAGCCUGGAGGCGGGGCUGGUAGCCCCGGACCUACCCGGCGUCUUGCCCCCCGGCAAGGAGUUCCUACAACUGCCGUCCAUCGAAAUUACGCCCUCCAGCGACGAGGACACCCAGUGGUCCAACUGCUCCACACCCAGCGCGUCCCCGCGCCGAAAACGCUUCCUGCUCCGCAAGUGGCUGAGGGUGAGGGAGCGGAAGGAGUGCAGUGAGAGCAGCAGCCAGCAAAGCAGCCAACAGAGCAGCCACGACGAUGAUUCGAGCAGAUUCCUGAGUCCUCGAGUGCGUGAAGAAAGCACUGCCAGUAACUCCAACCGCAGCACGCCGGCCUGCUCUCCCAUCCUCCGGAAGCGGUCCCGCUCACCAACACCACAGAACCAGGACGGAGACACCAUGGUGGAGAAGGGCUCGGAUCACUCCUCGGACAAGUCCCCAUCCACCCCGGAGCAGGGCGUGCAGCGCAGUUGCUCCUCACAAUCCGGUCGGAGCGGUGGUAAAAAUUCCAAGAAAAGCCAGAGUUGGUACAAUGUGCUAAGCCCCACUUACAAGCAGCGAAAUGAAGACUUCAGAAAGCUCUUUAAGCAACUUCCAGACACGGAGCGCCUCAUUGUUGAUUACUCUUGUGCACUCCAAAGAGACAUUCUUCUUCAGGGCCGACUCUACCUCUCAGAAAACUGGAUCUGCUUCUACAGUAACAUCUUCCGCUGGGAAACUCUGCUGACAGUCCGUUUGAAAGAUAUCUGCUCCAUGACUAAAGAGAAGACAGCUCGCCUCAUUCCCAACGCCAUCCAAGUCUGCACUGAUUCAGAAAAGCACUUUUUUACUUCGUUUGGAGCCCGGGAUAGGACGUACAUGAUGAUGUUCCGGCUCUGGCAGAAUGCUCUCCUUGAAAAGCCCCUAUGCCCCAAGGAGCUCUGGCACUUUGUCCACCAGUGCUACGGGAACGAGCUGGGCCUAACCAGUGAUGAUGAGGACUACGUGCCUCCAGACGAUGACUUCAACACGAUGGGCUACUGUGAGGAGAUUCCCAUAGAAGAGAAUGAAGUGAACGACAGCUCAUCCAAAAGCAGCAUAGAGACCAAGCCAGACGCCAGCCCACAGCUGCCCAAGAAGUCUGUCACCAACAGCACACUGACGUCUACGGGAAGCAGCGAAGCCCCUGUCUCGUUUGAUGGCUUGCCGUUGGAGGAAGAGGUGAUGGAGGGUGACGGGUCCCUAGAGAAGGAGCUUGCCAUUGACAACAUCAUAGGGGAGAAGAUUGAUAUUAUUGCACCCGUGACCUCACCUUCACUGGACUUCAAUGACAAUGAGGAUAUCCCUACCGAGCUCAGUGAUUCUUCAGAUACCCACGAUGAAGGAGAGGUCCAGGCCUUCUAUGAGGACCUGAGUGGAAGACAGUAUGUGAACGAGGUCUUCAACUUCAGCGUGGACAAACUCUAUGACCUGCUAUUCACCACCUCACCCUUCCUGCGGGACUUCAUGGAGCAGCGGCGCUUCUCUGAUAUCAUCUUCCAUCCAUGGAAAAAGGAGGAGAAUGGAAACCAGAGUCGAGUGAUUCUUUACACUAUCACCCUCACUAAUCCUCUGGCUCCCAAAACGGCCACUGUCAGGGAGACACAGACCAUGUACAAAGCGAGUCAGGAGAGCGAGUGCUACGUGAUUGAUGCCGAAGUCCUCACCCACGAUGUGCCAUACCAUGACUACUUCUACACCAUCAAUCGCUACACACUCACCAGAGUGGCCCGGAACAAGAGCAGACUCAGGGUCUCCACGGAGCUCCGCUAUCGAAAACAGCCCUGGGGGUUUGUGAAAACUUUCAUCGAGAAGAACUUCUGGAGUGGACUGGAGGACUACUUCCGCCAUUUAGAGACUGAGCUAACGAAAACAGAGAGUACCUACUUGGCCGAAAUACACAGACAGUCACCCAAGGAGAAGGCCAAUAAGUCUUCAGCAGUGAGGAGGAGGAAGCGUCCCCAUGCCCACCUGCGGGUACCUCACCUGGAAGAGGUGAUGAGUCCUGUCACCACGCCCACGGAUGAAGAUGUGGGCCACAGGAUCAAGCACGUGGCAGGUUCCACGCAGACACGGCAUAUCCCGGAGGACACUCCUGAUGGUUUUCACCUACAGAGUGUGUCCAAGCUGCUCCUGGUUAUCAGCUGUGUUCUGGUGCUGCUCGUCAUCCUUAACAUGAUGCUCUUUUACAAGCUGUGGAUGCUGGAAUACACCACGCAGACCCUCACUGCCUGGCAGGGUCUCAGGCUCCAGGAAAGGUUACCCCAAUCUCAGACAGAAUGGGCCCAGCUAUUAGAAUCCCAACAGAAGUACCACGACACCGAGCUCCAGAAGUGGAGGGAAAUCAUCAAAUCCUCAGUCAUGCUCCUUGACCAGAUGAAGGACUCACUCAUCAACCUUCAGAAUGGUAUCAGGUCCCGAGACUACACAGCUGAGAGCGACGAGAAGAGGAACCGCUACCACUGACAAGGCAGGACCAGGGGUGUCUACAAGAGGCCUGUGCAAUACAUGUACAUAGACCCUAUAAAUAUAUAUAAAUAUAUAUAUAUACAGAAUAUAAAUAUAUAUUAUAUACAGAUUUUAAAAAGAAAUAAUGCCUAUGUACCAGGGAGAAGGAGCGGGAACUCCCGCCCCCUGUGCCGGCCAGAGCAGCGUUUUCCCUCCACUGUGGAGGUACCGAGGAGGGCAGGGACCACCUCUCAGCACCAACCUCCCCUGAUCCUCCUCUCCGCAUUGUUUUGUUCCCUCAUUCCUUCCCUCGCUGGCCAUUCUCGGCCCUUAGAAGGAAAAUGUGGCCCAAGCCAAAGUCUAUGCCUGUGAAGACCUUUGUUGUCUUCAGUGUCACUUCAAGAGGACAUUGCUUACGGUGCUUCAUUUCCUAACCCCCCUUUUAAUUUGUCUCUAGAAUAAAAGAGAACCCGUUCUCCCCACCCCCUACCCC